AUCAACGUCUCUGACUCGCAUGUGUGUUUUUGUUCGGUGAAGAUGGUGGUCAAAGCGAUCGCGACGAAUCCACGUGCCGGGAAAAUUCAAUCCGAAAUGCCGAAGGCGGAUAAUGGGAAUAGACGGUUCCAAAAGCAAAUGGAAUCCGUGUCUAAGGUGGAGGAGAAGUCCAUUCUUAUAGCGAAAGAGCUGAAGUUUGUAAAAUCGCUCGCUGGGAACGAUGUGAAACUGCGCCGCAAAGUGAUGAAAAACCUCAAAAUUUGGCUGGCAACUCGCAGCCGGAGCUCCUUCGCAUUCACCGAUACGGACUUCCUCCGCCUAUGGAAGGGAUUGUUCUAUUGCAUGUGGAUGUCGGACAAGCCACUUACCCAGGAAAACCUCGCCGAUGAAAUCGCUUCUUUAGUGAGAUGUUUCGAUGACCUAUCCGUGGCGUUGCAGUAUUUUGGAACCUUUCUAGAAACAAUGUGCAUCGAAUGGUUUGGAAUUGAUCACUGGAGAAUGGACAAGUUCAUGAUGCUUGUCCGCCGUUGUACUCGCCAGAUGCUGACGAUGUUGCACGAAGCUCAGUGGCCCAUGGAUCAAGUCAGUGCAAUGAUGAAGCACAUCGAAAAAACUAUUCUCAACGCUGAUAAAUCGCCAUUUGGGUUGACCAAACAUUUCGACGAUUUAUUGCUGGAGGAAAUUGCCAAAGUGUGCGAUGGAGAAAUCGAACCAGAAAUUGUACAUUUAAUCGUUAACACCUAUGCUAUCCGUCUGCUUAGUACCAAUGACAUGCGAAUGAUUAAACACAUCACAUCGAGCAUAUUCCAUCCGUUGCUUUACCAAUCGGAAUUGGGCCAAGACUAUCAGGAAAAGUUUGACCUUUGGAAAAAAACUAACUUUAUAACGGGAAAUAUCGAUGAUGUAGAUUUCGAGGUCCGGUAUGAACGCGAAGACGGAGAACAGGGUGACGAAGAUGGUUCUGAGGGUAGACAUAAUGACAAAGAAAAAGUUUUUGAUCCUCGUGCUGGACAAGUGGACGUCGUAAUUAAUGAAAUCAGAUUCGAUGCUCUCAAAAUUGUAGAAAUGUUUGAAAAUAACCGCUUCAAACCUUUCGUCACAUCGAAGGGGAAAAAGCAGAUGAAAAUGUUGGUAAAACAGUAUAAAAAAUUCUCCGAAGGAAUGUUUCCUCUUGGUAUCCAGUCAAUGGAAAGUAUUGCCAAGAAGGAUUAUGCCGUGGACAUUGAUGAGCAGAUCGGUGAAUUGGAAAACUACCAGAAGGAACUGGUAGGCGAUAAAGGUUCAAAAAAGCAAAAGCGAAAAGAGUUGGCAAAGUUGAAGUCACAAGAGGUAAAUGCUAGUGCAAAAACGAGCGAGUCAAAUGUUUGGACUGAAACGGAAGAAACACCGAAAGAUUCGAAACGGGAACCAACUGAUACUGCUGUUUCCAAAAAGAAGACGCGGAAAAAGAUAUCGAAAACGCAGAUUAAAGAGGAAAAGUUAAAGAAACUAAAAAUUAAAAGAGAUGCAAAACUUGAAGCCAUCAAACAACGAAAGCAGGAGUCUAAAAGCAAGAAACCUAAAGUGAUUUUGGAACAGAAACAAGAAGAUUUGAUACUACCGAAGAGUGAUGGUAAGGUGACGUCAAGUGAACCAAAUGCACCUCGUCCUACCAAACAGAAAGGCGCAUUUGAAGUUAAGGACGAAUGGUCUGAACCUUUGAAGGAAGGCGAAACGGAGUAUUUCAUUCCAUCGAGAAAAACUAAACUUAAAGAAAUUAACAAACACCUGAAGGAAGAAUCGCCAUCAGAUGCUUCCAGUCGAUUAAAACCAUCCUCCCUAGUGAAGAACCCAUUUGCCACGCCGAAAAAUCUAUCCAAGUUGAAAAGAUCCAUUGGAACACCACAAACGGACGGUCCAGCUGAAAAAAAGAAGCGCGUUAAAAUUGCCCUGAACAAAAACAUCUUCCAAGAUCUGCAUCAGCAUAUUCAGCAGGUGAAGAGCUCGCCCCAGGUGCCGUACGAUUCCAGCAAGAAACCACCGAAGGGUGCAUUGAAACCAAACUUGAUGCCGAGCCCAAUAAAUCCAUUCUAUCGGAAGAAGAUUGGCCUGAAACUCAACAAAACAUUGUAGGACAACUGUUGUGGUACGUAAAACAAAUUAAUGUGUAGUUCUCUAUUAUUUUGUUUGUUUGUAGUUAAGAAUGACAAAUUACAAAUCUAUUCGGUA